AAACAAGUAGGUUAUAUUUUGAGCUUUCUUGAAAAUUAUAGAAAAUAAUCCAAAAUGAGACUUACGCAGGCAUUAAAAAGACAACAUAUAGAUUUUAUGUUUAAAAAACAUUGGCUAGUUCAAGGCAAAAGAAUACCAAUUGACACGGGCGUUGAAAAAAAAUUGAAGGAUAUGGGUAUUGAGGUUCAAGAUGCUCUUGAAUUCGUAAAAGGAAAACGGGAAGAACGCGAACACAUACAAAUUAUAGGACCUUACGAACAACCGUUACCUUUAGACAAGAAUCAUCCAAAUUAUAAAGAGAAACCGUGUCUCACGCUAAACCAAGACAACGUCCUUCUUGAAGGUUUAUCGCAAGCGCAGGUCCUAACUAAAACUAUAAUAGCUCAAGACAAACUUCCUCCAAAAAUCGAAGAACUAUCACGACUACCAGCUCCGGCUGCUAUUCACGAAAACGUAAAAAAAGCCAUAUUAACAGCUAAUGUCUUUGAUUGUGAGCAGAAAAAAUUACCGAAAAUCAAAGACCCACAGCGACCAGCUUAUAAUUUUCGUCGAAUACUGGGCAUCACUGAUAGCAGACGAAACCAAAUAUUAACUAACAAAUUACUACAACUUGUUGAGAAAACCAGUGAUAGAGAAGUGACCCAAAACAAAUAUGUUGUAAAUGAUGUUGAAUGUACAACAAUAUUUGAGAAAGAAGAUGACCUAUUACAGUUCCAGGAUGUAUCAAACAUACUAGUUACAAGCGCUAAACCUGUUCAACAUGAAGUUGAGAAAGACAUACCUUUUGUUGAAAUACCAAGCUUGUACCCUGUAAAACAUACUAUCACCAUGCCACAUAAUCAUUUUUACAAUAAUACCAGCCAGUAUCCUUUUAAACAAAAGGUUCAAGUAAAGCAUCCUCAUACAACAUGGUUACAUUUUAACAGGACUGAAGUGAAAAACAUAUAUGGGGAACCAGUCACGCAGAAUCAGAUCUUAGGUCGAUCUCUUACUCAUGCAUUCAAUGUGGCCAGCUCUUAUGCAAAACAAAUGCAUGGGGAGGAUGUCAAAGACCUGCCAGAGCCGAUAUUCGUCAAUUGUAUUCAAACGGAUGGACAACUAUAUCAUUUCGGAGUAUUACAACUUAACACUUUGAAUGUUGAUGGUAAUGAAGGCAUAAAAAAUGUAUGGUACUGCAAAAACAACAUGAAACUCUAUGAUUCAAGCAGAUACUUUAGUGGCAUGCCGGUCCUUGAAAAUUAUAACAACAAAGUCUACGGAUAUAUAAAUGCGUUUUAUAAUAGUUAAUUCUGUAAUAUUUAAUAAA